AUGGCACAAUUGCCCCCAAAAAUACCCUCUUUCCCUCAAAAUUGGUCUCAUUUUCCUCCUCCUUCAAUGCAUAAUUUAUCUCAUUCCCCUCCGCCGCCGCCGUCCUCCGCCGCUUCCCACCAUAACCCUUCAUGGGUUGAUGACUUUCUCGACUUCUCCACUGCCCGCCGUGGCCUUCACCGGAGAUCCAUUAGCGACUCCAUUGCUUUUCUCGAAACCCCAUUUUCCAAUGAAUGUCGUAACUCCUCCUCCUCCUCGUCCACUGUCGCCGUCACCGUGCUGCAUGCUACUCCGACGUUUGACCGGCUUGACGACGACCAACUUAUGUCAAUGUUUUCCGAUGACAUUUCCGUGGCGGUGCCGGCGUCGUCGAACCCUUCAUCCUCCUCCGACCAGAAUAGUAAUAACGAUGAAAAGAGGACGACAGUGCCGUCGGAACCUCCGCCGCCGCAUCAAUUGAAGAAUGAACCGGGUGAGGUCGAAUGCUCCUCUCGCCAAUUACAGCAGCAAUCUGAACCUCCGCCGCCGUCUUCCGCCGCCGGCGAUAACACCAUUGAUCCCAAACGAGUUAAGAGAAUUUUAGCAAAUCGACAAUCAGCACAAAGGUCGAGGGUCAGGAAAUUACAAUACAUUUCUGAGCUCGAGAGAAGUGUAACGACAUUACAGACGGAAGUUUCAGCGUUGUCCCCGAGAGUAGCAUUUUUGGAUCAUCAAAGAUUGAUUCUUAAUGUCGAUAAUAGUGCUCUUAAGCAGAGAAUUGCAGCUUUGGCUCAAGAUAAGAUUUUUAAAGAUGCUCAUCAAGAGGCAUUAAGGAAGGAAAUAGAGAGAUUAAGGCAAGUUUAUCAUCAACAAAGUUUGAAGAAAAUGGGAAGCAAUCAUAAUCAGAAUGGGGCGGCGCCACCGUCUUCAGGGAAAGAAGCUCCGCCGCGAAUGGCUGAGACGGAAACGGAGCUGGCUGUCAGUUGAAUUUAACAAAAUGGACUUCGUUCACGUGAUUUGCUUCCAAUUCUCACUUGGAUGUUUUGCGGUGGGGUCCACUUGACAGUUUGAUAAUCAACGGUCAACGUGUUGACACGUGGGUGAGACUGGUUUAGGAGGGUGCUGAUGAAAACAAAAACAAUUUCUUUUUCUUUUUCUUUUUUCAAAGAUUAUUGGGUUUUUUUUAAGGGUGGAUUUAUUAAUUGGAUUAAU